UGUUGGUUUGCCCGCUGAUUGCAAGUUAGCUGAUGGUACAUGUGACCUUAUCCCUGUUAAAAAGGCUGAUCCUACUAAGAAAUGUUUUGAUGCUCCAACAACAACAACUUUAGCACCAACAACAACUUCACCAUCGACAACAGCUUCACCAUCUGCUACCAAGAGAAGAUGCAAGGCAAGACUAAAUGGAGAGUCUUGUAAUGGUGCGAUUGUUGAAAAUGGUACGAAUGAAACUAUUAUUGACGCAAAUAAUGCAGUGUGGACAAUUUUUUCUAAUAGCACAGUUUUCAAAGAUGGACUAACAGCAGGACCUACUGGAAAUGUUAUACUGCUAGUAUAUUGGAAUGGAAUUGUUUAUCACGAAAAUAAAAAUCUUGAUUGGUGGCAGUGGAUUAAUGAUAAUAACAGUUGGAUAUCCGAAUAUGAUACUCAAGUAUUAUCCUAUUUGACUUCAUCAUCAGGUUGUACACCUACUACUGUCUCAGAUUUAAGCACUUCACUUGAAACAACAACGGUCGAAACAAGUUCUCUAUCUUAUAUAUCAAAUAAAUCAUCCUCAAAUUAUUUUGCUCCAUAUAGUUGCAACGAUUCAAAUUAUAUUGGUUUGUGUAUCGAAAUGAAUGAGACAGAUUUUAUCUGUAAUUGUAGUCAAGGAUAUAUGGGUAUUCAUUGUCAAGAUAUGAUUAAUUAUUGUAACAGAAAUGUCACAUGUCUUAACGAAGGCAUCUGUCGACCAAUUCUUCUCGAUUAUAAAUGUGAAUGUUUAUAUGGUAGUUCUGGACGUCACUGUGAAAACUUAGCAGCCGGUUAUGUCAUUCGUCAAUACGUUGCAAAAAGUUUUUCAUAUAUUGCAAUUAUUGGCAUAGUCGCUGUUUAUCUUUUUGUGAUUAUUCUUGAUACUUUGAAGUAUGUUUUUGGUAUUGAUGUAACUCGCAACGAACGUCGUGAACUUCGUCAUAAACGAAAUUCACACAAAAAGAAGAAUCUUGAAGAGCAACAAGCUCGAAAAACGCAUCUUGUACUACGAUAUAUUGACUAA